GUGUCUCCAUCUCCAAACCCCGAGGCCCGUUCCUUGUUUCCUCCAUCCGGGAUCACCUACCUUCAUCACUCUCUCUCUCUCUCUCUCUCUCUCUACAAUGCUCGCAGCUCAUCUGUGCGUCCGCGCGAUCUCCGGCUACGUCGCGGCCGAGCAAUCCGAUGCCAGCCGGUUGGUCGCGGCUCCAUGCACUUCCUCUUCCCUCCGCGUGUCGGUCCGUCUGUGUAGAGGGAGGAGGCGGUGUCGCGGCGUCAAACCCCUUGUCAUUUCGUGCAAGUCGCCCGGCGGGGGCCUCGGCGGCGGAUCGAGCGGCGCCGACGACGGGGACGGCCAUGACGACUACCUCCAAGCCUCUCUCCUCCUCGCUGAAACCGUUUCUCACUACCGUAUGCGGAGGAGAGGAUAUCAAGUAGAUGCGAAGAGUCAGUUAUCAAGCCAAUUGCAUCCUUUUGCAAUUAGAGCAAGGGGUCCUAGUGUAGAUCAAGGAUUCCUUCAUCGGUUUCACAGUCCUACAAUUUUUCUUAAGAUUGUUUGUGAUGGAUCUUUCCUGCUACCCAUUGUCGUAGGAGAGUAUGCCAUUGAAAAACUAAUUGAUGCCCUUCACGGCGGUGAAAAUGGGGGUUGUACAGAUCAAUUUGAUUUGGUGAAGGAUCUUACAGACAAAGUUGGUUUUGAAAUAAAGAUGGUAAGGAUCACACAGAGAGUGGCAAAUACUUACUUUGCCAGAUUGUAUUUCAGUAAGUCAGGGAAAGAUGAUUUACUAAGUGUAGACCUUCGUCCAUCAGAUGCCAUAAAUGUGGCUCAUAGGUGCAAGGUGCCAAUAUAUGUAAAUAAGCAAAUUAUCCUCAGAGAUGCUAUCAGAUUUGGUUAUGGAACAGAGACAACGCGUGACAGAAAACCGGUCUACGAUGUCUUACUUGACAGUGCUUCAGACAGUCCAGAUGUGCUGGCUGAAGAACUUGAUUUAGUCAGAAACAUGAAUCUAGCUAUCAAAGAGGAACGAUACAAUGAUGCAGCCUUGUGGAGAGAUAAACUAAUGAAGCUUCGUAAAUCAAAGACGUAAGGAUUGGCCAGAUACAAAGAGGAAAUCCAUUCCCUCAUUGGCCCGCGGGUCUUUAAAAUCUCUUUGGGGUUAUGCCAUCCCCAAUCCCCAUACACCUUGGUGACAGUAAAGGUUGAAAAGGUGUAGGGGCGAGAAGUCAAAACAUGCCAAUCUUAAUUGUCAAGUUAAGCCCUUGGUGCUGCGGCAUCACCCCGGUUGUGGCAUUAAAUCACUUUACAUCACUCAAAACAUGUUCGUUUGCAACACAUUUAAUUUUAUUACUUGUUUAUAAGUUUAGUCUCCUUUGCCUGACCUUGAAAAUUGGACAUGAUUCUUGAUUUUAAAUUAAUAUAUUGAUUCUCAACUAGUAUCUCAAUUUGGGGUAAAUGUUAUCAGUGAUCACUUUACUUUGGUCCAUUUUCAAUUUGAUAAUUGAAUUGAGACUUUUAUCCUUGUUAUACAUACGAUUGAUGUAGUUUGCCUGGAUUUCCAUAGAUAAAAUGUUAAUGUAGUGUUUUUGGGGUGUACAUGUGGUAGCAGUGAUCAAGAAUGAGAUCUAACCUCAAUACCAUAACAAUGGCACA